CCAGCGCCUUAGCAGUACCAUGCUGCGCCAAAGCUUACCGUACAAUGUCGCUUUCAAAAUCAUAAUUCAUUUUAUAGCCUACUGCACAUUUGGGGGUGUGUGCGCGCACGCAUGGGUGUUGAGCAGCUGGUCUCUGGUGUAAACCAAUGACACCACAAGAUGGAAAUCUGCUCUUGGCAAUAAAAAGCGUCGGCGAUUGGUUGAUAAUUUCUUACAUUUGGACUUAACAAAUGGAAGCGUGCGCAAGCACCCAUGGUGUUAAGCCAAUGAAUGUAAACGAAGCGGACCUUUGCUGAAGUGGUUCUACUCGCGUCUCCGCGCGGAUGUGUCUCUAUUAGCACAGAGGGAGCGCGCGGAUCGGUAUUGGCAUCGAUAAGGAAAAUAUCUGUGUGCAGCAGUUUGGGUUCUAAGGAGAUUCUCAUCUGUGAGUGAAUUGGCAUCUCUCAUUCAGCCCUCCGUCGAGGCUGCUGCUGCAGGCUUGUUGAUGAACGCAACAUCAGGCAACAUGGUGACUACCGUUUCCAAAGGCUCUUCAUCAAACUGCCCGUCUGAGUACAACCAGCGCCACGCAGUGAGAAUCGGAGGCUGGUGAGGCUGGAGGCUUGGCUCUGAGCUCUGCUGGUGGUGGAGAGAGAGAGAGAGAGAGGAAGAGGAAGAGAGAGACGGCUCCAGUGGAGGCAGGGCUGUGGGGGGAUGGGGAGGACCUGGUCCCCGGAGAAGAGGCUUCAUUGAGGGACAUGAGGCAAAGCUCAGCCCUGCUAGACCCUCUCUGAACCAGAGUUCACUGACUGCACUGACUGUUGAGUUGAGUUGAGUCUGACACUCAACUCUUUGCUUGCUAGUUUUUUUUGUUUUGAGUGGAGAUCUUUUGCUUUAUGUCUCCUGACCAAGUGUGAAAUUUGUGCCAAACAGGAAAAAAAUUACAGACAACGAAAAAAAGAGAAGGAGAGACUAUCAGACUGACCCAGAAAGUCAUUUUUAGUACAAUUUAACCUAUAUGGGAAGAUUUUUUUUUAGUGUUGAUACAGAUUUCUCCUUAAAAUAUUAGCUUCAGAACAAAAGACUCUUUUUAUUUGAGCGCCCUUUCAAUGCUAUUCAGCUUUCUUAAGAUUUUUUUUUGUGAUGAUGACCUAAUGAGAUUUUCAUUAAGUCACAGCUUUGCCGUGCCAUUUUAAAAAACAAAAACAAAAGACAAGUCAUAAAGUUUACAUUUUUUGUAACGCUUUUAUUUGAUUGCUGCUCAAAGAAGAUGGUAGUUAGUUUUGAGAGACUAGUGCAUUAGAGUUUAAAGUGCUUUAUGCUAUAGGGACCCUGUGUGGCGGUGGUGAUGCAUUAACUGGGUCUAGGCUGCAAAUGAGGUGAAUGCGAACGGGAAAAAGAGCCUCGGCAUUGAUUGACAGAUUGACAGGCAUCAUGUGACCAAGAGUGACCUGCUGCUAAUGGCUGUUUAAAUAUCGUGUCUUUGGUCUGUGAGUCCUCUGGUCAACGUGCUUCCCUCCCCUCCCCCUCAGAGAACGUCCUGUCCUCAUUUAGGUGCCAUUUGCUUGUGAACAAAAAAGCCUUCCAGAAGCAUCCAGCCCACCUUUUUUUGGUCUGUGUGCAAUUGGACAGAUGAAAGCCAUAAUAUGUGAACUUUUAUAAGGCUUAGAUAGACUGCUUUUUUUAACCUGUGAGUACACAUGAAAUACCAUUGCCUGGUGCAUUUAUGUGUUCAGGGAUUCCUGUUAAAAUGCUGAUUUAAGAUGCGUAUGUUUUCCAUUUAAAACAGCAACAUUUAAAAAAAAAAAAGUUGAUGGAGCAUAUUGUUUAGGGGAACUUGAGGGCUGUGAAAGAUUGUUCCUCUACCUCAGUGGUGUGGGUGCGGACACACGUCCGGUUUAGUACUUUGGGAGCCCAAGUUGAAGUUUGUACUGAAAGUGAAAAAAAGAAGAACAAAAAAAAGGAUUGGACUGGUUUGUGUUGCUUGUAAUAUAUAUCCCCACGGUGACGAAUGAAUCUCAGCCAGUUCAUGGGUUUUUUGUGGACAGAACCGUGCAGUCCUGCCAGAGACGGGCCCAAGCCCACCUUCGUCUUGUUCUGCUGGGCAGAGCUGAGUCCAGAACAGAGACACUUGUGUAAGGGGGCCACACACACAUAGAUAUUUAGAACUUUUCAAGCUCCCCACCACCUUUCCCCAUAUGCCUCCAGAGUCGCUCUAAAUCCUGCAGCUCUCUCUUACGCUGACUCAUAUAGCUUCCUCUAAGCCUUUGUGACAAGUUUUGUGCUGCCCUUUGAACUGUUUUGAAUUGAACUCACAGCUUUGAACUUGACUGCCCACCUAGGCGUCAUAUUGUGUGUAUCACUGACGUAUUUGUUCUAUUAAGAGAACCUUUUCCUACCACACCUUAUAUCCUCUAACCUAGGUGUGUGAGUUAUUUAGUUCUUUGGCGAUUGUGACUCCUUGCAUGCUGUUGGAUUUAUUGGAACUAGUCACACUCUGGCAGACAUUUGUUUGUUGAUGAUAAUCAACACUGCCAAAUAUUAGGACGAGCAUAAACACUCUUUCAAGAUUUGUUUACAAGAUGACAGCAGCCCUCACAGCUGUCAGUGAAAUGUUUACAUCUCAGAGAAGAGCUAUGAAAUGGUGUCAAAAGUCGAUUCAUUUCUAUUUUGACACUUCCCUGACAGAAAAGUGUAUAGGUCAGAUGAUUGUUGUUGAGGAACUGAGGUGCCAGUAUAGUUACAUUUGACCUGCUUAUGUAGUGACUACUUGCAGACUACAAUUCUAAAAGUUUACAAUUCUGAGAAAAAUGUUUACAGCCAACAUUUUUCCUAGACAGUGAAUCUUUUUCUGGGCCAGGGUGCAGGCUCUGAACAAAAACACCUUUAACAGUGUUGCCUAUCUCUCGUCUUCAGUAUUGAUCAUUUUAAACGUUUACAGUGGUUGCAUAUUUGUUUUGUUUACAAGGACAGCGCUGUCCACCUCAAAAGACGUCUGAGUUGAAUGCAUGUAGAGAGUACCUGUUUACGCAGUAGAUAACUCUGACCACCUCUACCAAUCCAUCGAACCCUUCAGUAAAUUGUUGUUUACAGUGAAUGCUAUUGUUCAAUGUUUCAACAGUCUAGGCCAUUAUAUCCUGUGCCAAUUUGGAUUUCUAUUUCGUGUAUCAAUUAAGUGUUCGCUAGUACACAUUUUCUGUAAGAGAUUCAGCCUGUGACUAAAUAUUCUCCGUGUUUACAUUGCUAACUGCUAACUAUCAGAGAUUUUCAUUAAGAAUGGGAGCAACAUGUUUACACUAAGAUGUGACUGACAGUUCUAUGCCAUAUUACAUGCUUUUUUGCUUGAAUAUAAAACAGCUUAGAACUCACAUACUAAAGAGCUUGCAUACUAAUGUAUGCAUAAUUAACUUCAAGGAGAGAUAUUGUCUUUAAAGGCUUUAUAUUGUCAUACUGACAUGCAGUUUUUGUUUUAAGAAGAUAAACUGCCUCAAAGGACAUUCCUCCUUGCAUUGCUGCUGUGUUUGUAAAACUAAAGGGUUGUUUUUUCAAAGGCCUCUGCAUUUUAAGAGUUGUUUGUUUCCCCUGUGGACGAUGAGGCCAACCCUUUCUUCAGCCAUGGCAGCAGUUCUGCCUCUGCUGUAUGCUCUGAUGCUCUGCGUUGCCACGGCGACCGUGACUCUGCCCUCAGAGCGUCGCCUGGCAGCCAACGGGAGCCCCAUGCUGGUUCUGCUCCGGGGCCUUGGCAGCAAGCCCCUCCCAGUCCCCUGCCCCCGCCGGCCCCCCGGUUGGGCCAAGGAGGCGGCGGCCAUGGCUAUGGAGCCCAAGGGCGCUGAGAUCCUGCCCAAGCCGCUUCCGCAGAUCAUGCCCCGCAACCUGACGGACGCCAUGAAGCCACCGCUCGGGGCGGCCCAGGUGGCGCCGCCGGAGAAGCUGGUCAACAUGGACGUGUGCCGUGGCUACUACGACGUCAUGGGCCAGUACGACCUGACCUUCAACUGCUCCAAGGGCACGUUCAUCUACUGCUGCGGCACCUGCCACUACCGCUUCUGCUGCGAGCACUCGCGCAACCGCCUCGACCAGGACUCCUGCACCAACUACAACACGCCCGACUGGGCCAACACGCAUGUCUCCACCACGCCGCCCCCCGGCUGGGGGCCUGGCCCGACCUUUGACCCCGUGCGGACGCAGAGCAACACGGCGUACGUGAUCGGUGGCGUGCUGUCCUUCACACUGGCCGCUGCUGUGGGCAUGAAGGUGGUGUUCCACAAGAUGUCCCGCCGGCCACAUAACAGGGAGAUCAACAUGCCCAGGGCUCUGGUGGACAUCCUGCGGCAUCAGUCCAGUCCUGUCCAGCAGGGGGAGCGGAACAACAGCACCAUCCUCACCACGGCCACCAGCGGCGAGGGCAAGCUCGGACGCCCGCCCAAGAAGCUCUACACACCUGUGCUGCCAAGCAAGGACAACCGCCUUGGAAACGUCCAACACAAUUUGGGCGGCCUGUCUGGGUCCAGCCCCAAACAUACGGCUACUAUUGAGCGCGCUCCCCGCAUGAACAACGUCCAGCUGGCCCCGACGGGCACGCUGCUGUCCAGCAAGCACGGCAGCAUGGGCCGGCCGCCCUCCUCGCUCUCACACUCCUUCCACAACCUGGCCCAGCUGCCCCCGUCCUACGAUGUGGCCAUGAGACCGGAUAUCAGUCGCUACUGCUCCCUCAAGAGGCUGGAGAAAGACCUGGAAGACUACAGUACUAUGGGCUACAGUACCUCUAAAAGGCGGCCCAACAAUAUGCCCCCAUCCUUUCACUCCUCUCAGCAUCAUCUACACUGGGGUGGCGACUACACCCUCGGAGCCCGGGGCACUCUCCCCCUGCACUCCUCCCGCUCUCGCAUCCACCUACCGGCCACACCCAACCCGUACCCUCUGCCCCCUUCCCAAUCAGCGUACCACCCUGGUAUGGAGCCUCUGUCCCACCCCCCCCGGGUCAUGUCCCAGGACCAGCUGCUGAUGCUGGGGGAGGGCAACACGCUCUCCCGCCUGUCCAAGAACCAGCAGCACCAAUACUACAAAGCCAUGACCACCAGCAAGAGCUCCACCGGCAGCACACUGCGCCGGUCUCACGAGCGGCUCCUGGUGUCGCCCGACCGGUUGGACGAGCGGGUCAGGAUGCCGACGGAUUUCGGCAUGCCGCCGACCUUGCCGCGUCUCACCAGCCACCAGAAGGCCCAGUCGCAGCAAAACGUGUGCGUCACGCCGUCCAUGGACCGCCACCACAUGAUCAAGAUGAACUCCCACCCGUCGUCUGGCCGCGAUAUGGAGCGCAGCCACCCCACGGGGGGAACCAUGGGCUGGGCCGAGAGUGGACACGGCUCUAGUGGAGGUGGAGGGGGGACUUUGGGCCACAAUGCCAGGCGGAUGGCCUUCGCCACCAAGCGCCAGAACACCAUCGAACAACUCCACUACAUCCCUGUGGUGGGUGGCGGGGGAAACGCAGGCCAGUCACUCAGAACAGGGAGCAAAAACGAAGUCACCGUGUGAGACAAAGGCACAGAGAGACAGAGAGAGAGAGAGAGAAAGAGAGAGGCAGAAAAGAGAAAGAGGAUUGAUUUCAGAAUGUAUACUUUUUCAAAACAAAGAAAGGGUGGUCUGAAUAUUAUGCUCGACUCAAGUGAGGAUAGCAUGACAGAGAGAGGGAAAGGCUUACUCGGAUAAAAGUGAAGUAAAAGAGCGCUGAGCUAACCUGUUGGAUAAAAGUGACGGAGACAGUCAGAGUGUCUCUCCUUGAAAAAUGAUGAAUGGGGAAGAAAAGAGAUUCCUUGUCCCAACGUUCCUCUGUAUCCAUGUUUGGGAGAUUAAAUAUGAGAUAAUUAUGACUCAGAGGCCAUAGAUUUUCUCCAUGUAGCCUAUGUAUAAUAAGCAUAUGAAACUACUAUGAAACAUCCUUACUCACAUACAUAUUUGAUAGGAGUUAUGAAAAGGGUUGCAAUGAAGCACCCAGGUUUGAGAAAAACAACGGUCUUGUUAAAGGAAGCGGAAAUAAUCAUCCAUAUUUGGAGAUAUCCAUUGUGUUAUUUGUGGAACCCAGUGGUGUUUUGAGUAAAUAAGCUUGACAUUGUUGUUUGGCAGCGCAGGAACUUGCAGUUUAAUCUGAAGUUGUGCUUCGUUCCAGAUGAUGCUCUGAAUCUGAAUGAGAGAGUGAUUCAUAGUCUUUAUGGAAUCCUCUGCCAGAUGAAACGAUUCAUAAUUGGCUUGCAAUGAGAUGACGUACAAAGAUGAAAAAAAAAAAAAAACUACAAAUUUUGAUCAAUAGCAAAGGCCCUUUGAUAUGGUGCUGGUGUGUUUACGUUCCAUAGAUGGGAAAGAGACCGUAAACACUUGAAUAAUUAGUCAGUCCAUUCCUGGCAUGUAACUGAAUAAUGGCAUAAAUGUACCUAUAAGGCAUUUUUCAUCACAGCUCUAACUGAGUUUGUUUUAUACAAAAUUACUUGGUAAAAUUUUUUUUAAUAGGACUUGAGCUACCCUUUUCCUGACAAUGUCUAGCACAGUUUUUGCCAGUGCUUUGGUAGUGUUCAAUAUGUGAUUCCAUAUAGACCCUUUCAAGAGAGUUCCAUUAUCAGCAUCAUAGUUGGCCCCACAAGACUUCCUUUGUAACAUUCCAUAUGUUAUCUUAAUGCAGAGGAAGUAGAUUGGGGCCCAAAUAGAACGUUCAAGCAUUGUUUUUGUUUUUAUUGUUGAAAGGGUCUAUAUCCCUGCUUUGUUAUUAUGGUAGCAUGGAAAUACCAGCUCUCAUUGGAUUAUUCAGAAGUAGGCCCAAGUGCCCGGGAUGGAAAUUUAGAGUACCCUUGUCUAGACAUACAUUAAGUAACAGAGGCCCAGAGACAAAUAGCAGAGAUAACAGGAUGAACACAUACGGCGGGUGUGCUUUCUGUAGUGUAGUGACUUGUUUCAGGGCUUAUAGCUUGGUGUGCAUUUUCAUUGGUUGCGCAGGGGGGAAAGAGAGGGUGCAGUGGGCUUUUUCAGAUGCAACGGCGAGCUGGAGAGGCCCUAAGGAGCCUGUGGCCGGUCACAUCUGAUAUGCCUGCUCUGGUCAGGUGCUGGGGCACAAGGCCGGCAUGUCCUCAACAACAUGAGAACUAUGUGCGGGGGAAGGGCAACGUGUGCGUGUGUAUGUGUGGGUAUGUGUGAGUGUGUGUGCCUGUCUGAUGGACUCUUUUACUCCAAGGGCUACUCUGAGGUCUCUGUAUUUGUGUACGUCCGUAUACUUCAUGUUAUGCCCUCUAUUUGUUUGCAAUGUCACAAUUUAUGAUGUGUCAUGGUAAAGGGUAUGUAUUUGCCUUUCCACGAGUCUAUAAAAGAGGGUGAUGAACCAAACAAAUUCUGCAAAGCUUCUUUAUUGUGGUCCUGUGAUUUUGAACUUCAAUUCUAAAGACACCCUUUCUAUGUUGUUUACAUGGCUGGGAGAGAAACAAGUGUGAUCUCACAUUUUUCUGUAAAUCUGACUCUGCAAACUUUUUUUUCAUUCAUCUAUCUUUUGUCAUCAGAUGGCAGAAACUUCCCAGUUCACACGGAACUGCUUUUAACAAUGUUAUCUGAAGAGUUAAGACAACACUUAUUUUUUUCCCUUGUCUUUCCACAUAAAAUUGUCUUAGGAGUGUUAUGUUUUAUCACUGUUUUGACAGAAUCCUGACAAACUUGGAUUAUAAAUGCUGUUUAUUUAUGUUGAUGACCUUUGGAUUCUAGCUCAUUAUUACCAUAACUCUUUCUUAUCUAUUUUUGUUUAUUUGUCUUUAAUUUCAUUGGCGUUCCCUACAUUCUAAAUAUUUAGUUUUGGUGGAAUUUAAACAUUUGUAUUGUUGACUUUUUAAAAAUUCAGAUGCAGUUAUAUUGAAAAGACAAGACAGCAUGUGAAGAUGUCAAAGACAGUAUUGACAAUGUCAUCGUGCUGACUUAAGAUGUCAUGGUGUGUAUGUGUCCUGUGCGUGCAUCUGUGUUUGUGUGUCUGUGUGUAUUCCUGUGUCUGUUUCAAGAGAGUUGAAUCUCAUUUGACCUGACAGCUUUGUUAUGGCGUCAGAGAAAUGUGCUUUUUAGGAAAAUCCACAGUAUGUUACAAAUUGAUUUAUCUCUCUGUAGCUUCUUGAUUUUUAGGACUCCCAACCUUAUUUAAGAAUAAAUAUGUGCAAGAUUUCACAUAUGGGCUAAAUAAGGCUAAACUACACUGUAGUUUCCAAUAUGUUUCGGUAGAAGCAAAUGAUAAUGAUAUGACAGCCACAUUUUGGGAGAUACAAAUCCUAUUUAUUGUGAUAUUAACAUGUUGUGUGCGAUCCAACAUUGACAAAGGUGUUCUAGAAAUCCAAUCUCAUUUUAAAAUGAGAAGUUAUUUUGAAAUCUUUUUUAAAACACAAAUGUUGGGCUGAGAAGUUGAAAGCAAUGUUUCAGAGUAUGAAGGGCCAGUCAUUUUUAAAGAUUUAAUCUUCUCUUGGAUUUGAAAAGAGACAGCCUAUUGUUAUUGUGUAGCUAUAUUAAGUUGCUUAUACUUAACCCUUGCUUUGUGUGCCUGUUAAUGUCAGGGAAGUCUAACCGUAUGUAUGUGUGACUGAGUGACUGCAUACUCAAAUGAGUGCCAAAGUUACAUAUUUUGUGAGUGGCUUCGGCUGCCCCCAAAUAGGCCUAUUGUGUUCCCCCAUGAUGAGCAUGACAUUUUGAUAAAGACUGAACUACAAAUCUUUAACAUUAAGGGCUUUACUGGCCCUGGAGGAGUGAGACAUUAAUUUGCAUACCUCGGAAAUUUGUGUAUUUGUUACAAAAGAUAAACCCAAUUCCUUUGUUUCGACAAAUUGAAAUAAUUCCAGUUAUCAGUGGUAUCCUACCUUUGUAGAAUAAUGUUAAUUAAUGAUAACAAUAACAAUAAAAAAAAUACAAUGAGUGAA